CAUAGCGGGGAGUGUAGUUCUUCCCCAGCCCGAGCGAGCGAAGAUGUCCGAGGUGCGGCUGCCGCCGGUCCGGCCGCUGGACGAUUUCCUGCUGGGCUCCACCCGCUUGGCUCCCCCGGACUUGCGAGACCUGCAGCGCUGGCACAACCGGGUCAUCAAUAACCUCCUCUACUACCAGAGCAACUAUUUGCUGGUGCUGGGCGCGGGGCUGCUGCUGGGCGGGUACUUUUGCCCUGUGCUGACUCUGCUGAGUGGUGCCCUCAUCACUCUGAUGUUUCUGGGCUUUGUCUGGGCUGCAGAGAACAAGGCUCCAGUGCGGCGCUUCCGGCGGAAUAAUCCUGGCACCUGUGUCCUCGCUAUCCUUGCAGCUGCGUACUUUCUGGUGUCACUCUUUGAAGGCUCUGCCACCUUCCUCUUUUUCAUCGCCCUGCCCAUAAUGUUGAUCCUCAGCCACGCCUCCUUGCGACUCCGGAACCUCAAGAACAAGAUUGAGAACAAAAUCGAGAGCAUCGGGCUCAAGCGCACACCAAUGGGGCUGCUUCUAGAAGCUCUUGGACAGGAACAGGAAGCUGGAUCCUAGACCACCACCAUAACACUUCCUUUCCUUUACCUACCUGCCUUCAUUCCUCUUGGCUCUUUCUUCCCCCACCCCUGGCCUUUGUGCUAGUAUAUUCACUUAACCCAAUCUAGCAACCUGGCUGUGAGCUCAUGUAAAAGAUGCAGUUUCCUCUGGAAUAGGACAGACAACCAGUAGAGCUCUCUGGCUCAAAGUUGCAAUCAGUAAGACUUGCAGGCAAAUAAGGUGGAAUUCUGACGGUAUUUCUAAUUGAGAACAAUUAUGAUCUGUCAGGACUCUUCCCUGUUUGGUUUUUGAGAGGCAAGAGUAUACAAAACAGAGAAAAGCAGAAAGUAUAAUCAGUGAAAGACUAGGCAGUAUUUUUUUUCAAAUGGUAAAAUGUUAACCUGUGGAUGCUCAGUUAGAAAAUCCUCCCAUAAGAAAAAUCCUCAUGACGCGAUACAGCAUGAAGAAAAGUCAGCUGGCAAAUUAAAAAGCCUAGUUCUAGAUGCCCUAAGGGAGACUGGCUUGUAUGUUUGUAUCACUUUGCACUUAUACAGACUUUCAAAUGCUCAAAGUGCUUCACACACAGUAUCUUGCUGUAAUCUGUUCCAAGACUGUUGCUUAGAUCAGUAUUGUUUUCCCCUUUUUGCAGCUCGUGGACUGAGGCUGGCAGUGAGUAGCUGGCCUCAGCCCACCUACCACAUUAUUGCCAGGAGUGAGAUUCCAGCAAGGGUCUUCUUGACCAGACUAGUUCUCCUAGCAGUCAUAUUGCAUCACUUCUGUAUUGCUUCUGGUCUCCUAAUUUUUAAAUAGAAGCAUCAAGCCUAUUAGAAUAAGUGAGAUUGUUAACAGGUCAUUCUGAAGAUGAUUUAGUUAAGUCUCAAAAGGCAUGAUGAAGACUAGCAAUUCAUUAACCUCAGUGGUUCCCAUUAAAGGGAAGGGGAAACUCCAAAGUGUAGGCUGUGUGUAGACAAGGAGCUCUGUUGCAAAGGGUCCAUCCAGAUUCAAAGGAGGAAAGUCCACUCUGGGUAAUUCCCAUUUUGUUUGCUUUCUUUUUAGGGGAGUGAAAGAGCCUUGCCUACUUCCAAAUCCGGCAAAAGUUCAAAAUGUCUUUCUAUAGUGUCCUUUGUAUUCAGAUAGCCACUAUGUAAAACUUCAGAAGAUGGACCAAACCUAGCACAGUAUGUAGCUCUGAGGAGUCUAAGAAAUAUUUCCAAGAGAUUGGAUGUUGGCUAAUAAAUGAAGGAGGAAAUAGAUUGUAAAAGUGUUGCCAAAGAAAUAACUGUCAGAGGGAUUUGAAAA